AUGCCGUCGGGGUCUAGCAGCGACUGCCUGCACCUGGACUGUGUGGGGGAGAUCACCAAGGAGGAACUCAUUGAAAAAUCCCAUGGCCAGUGCCAAGACUGCAAAGUUGGAGGACCAAAUCUGUGGGCGUGUCUGGAGAAUGGCUGUUCAUACGUAGGAUGUGGAGAAUCUCACACUGACCACAGCACCGUCCAUUCACAGGAGACACGGCACAACCUGACAGUGAACCUGACCACACUCCGGGUGUGGUGCUACGCCUGUGGCAAGGAGGUGUUCCUGGAGCGGAAACUGGGCCCUCGCUCGCCCCUCACCAACAAGCCCCUUCCCUCGCCACAUAAUGCCAGUCAAGAGACCUGCAGGACUCCUGGGAGCCCAACGUCUCUGCGAGUGCCACCCAAUGGAGGCUGUGAAGACCUGGACAUGGAGGCAGAGGAGGAGGAUGACUUGCGUACCCGAGGCCUGACAGGACUGAAGAACAUAGGCAACACCUGCUACAUGAACGCUGCCCUCCAGGCCCUGUCCAAUUGUCCGCCCUUGACACAGUUCUUUCUUGAAUGUGGUGGCCUGGUGAGGACAGACAAGAAGCCUGCACUCUGCAAAAGCUACCAGAAACUAGUGUCUGACCUGUGGCACAAGAACAGGCCCUCCUAUGUGGUCCCAACCAAUUUGUUCCAGGGGAUCAAGGCUGUAAACCCCAUGUUUAGGGGAUAUUCCCAGCAGGACUCCCAGGAGUUUCUACGCUGUCUGAUGGACCAGCUUCACGAAGAGCUCAAGGAGCUGCAGCCCGAGCCUGAUGACCAGUCCAACGGCAUCACUGUGGAUGACAGUCCUGAUGAUGACAACCACAGCCAAUCAGAUAAUGACUUCCAGUCAUGUGAGUCCUGUGGCAGCAGCGACCGGGCCGAUAGCGAGGCGCAAAGCAGGAACGGGGACGGGCGUUUGAUGGACGAUACGAAUGAGGCCGAGAUGUUGAUUCCUGAACGAGAUGAGAUUCAGGCCAACCGAGAGUGGCAGAAGGAGAAAAACAUGAUUAAUGACCUGUACCGCUCCGGGGGAAACGGUAUUGUUGGUGGAGGCACUGGAGCAGACAUGGACAAAGAUGUUGACACCACCACAGAGACCACGCCCAUUAUCAGUAGCCAGGGGGCCAUCAAGGUCCAGAGCAGAACAACAGAUUCCUUCCCAGAUGUCCAUAUGUCCAGCACCACAAGACCUCAGAGUCCUGUCCCCAUGGAUGGACACAUUCCCAAAAUAUCCAGCAGCCCUCCCAAAGCUGCUUCUGGCUGGCCCAGUCUUAACUCUGCACACAAGAAAGCAGUGACCACAUUCACCCCACCAAAGAACAAGCGUCAGAAGAAAUACCGCAGUGUCAUCUCAGAUGUAUUUGACGGGACCAUUGUCAGCUCAGUUCAGUGCCUCACCUGUGAUAGGGUAUCUGUGACCCUGGAGAACUUCCAGGAUAUCUCGCUACCCAUCCCAGGGAAGGAAGACCUGGCCAAGCUCCACUCCUCCACCCACCAGACCUCUCUGGUAAAAGCCGGCUCCUGUGGGGAGGCUUACGCACCGCAGGGUUGGAUUGCCUUCGUCAUGGAAUACAUCAAGAGCUGGUUCUGGGGUCCAGUGGUUACACUACAAGAUUGUCUUGCAGCAUUCUUUGCCAGGGACGAACUAAAAGGGGACAACAUGUAUAGCUGUGAAAAAUGCAAGAAAUUACGAAAUGGAGUCAAAUUCUGCAAAGUGCAAAGUUUGCCAGAGAUCCUGUGCAUCCACUUAAAGCGCUUCAGACAUGAGCUGAUGUUCUCCACCAAGAUAGGCACCCAUGUCUCCUUCCCGCUUGAGGGCCUGGACCUGCAGCCUUUUCUGGCCAAAGACAGCACUGCCCAGACCACCACCUAUGACCUGCUGUCGGUCAUCUGUCACCACGGCACCGCCAGCAGUGGCCACUACAUAGCGUACUGCAGGAAUGACCUCAACAAUCUGUGGUAUGAGUUUGACGACCAAAGUGUGACUGAAGUGUCAGAGUCCUGUGUCCAGAACGCUGAGGCUUAUGUGCUCUUCUAUAAAAAGAGCAAUGAUGAUGCACUGAAAGAGCGUAGGAGGGUGUCUGGACUAUUCAAUAUGAUGGAGCCCAGCCUGCUCCAGUUCUACAUCUCCCGCCAGUGGCUCAACAAGUUCAAGACCUUUGCCGAGCCGGGUCCCAUCUCCAACGACGACUUCCUCUGCUCCCAUGGAGGCGUGCCGCCCAACAAAGCAACGUUUAUCGAUGACCUGGUAGUAAUGCUGCCGCAGAAUGUGUGGGAUCACCUGUACAGCAGGUAUGGCGGUGGACCAGCCGUCAACCACCUGUACGUUUGCCACACAUGCCAGACUGAGAUCGAAAAACUGGAGAAACGCCGCAAGACAGAGCUUGACAUGUUUGUCCGGCUGAACAAGGCGUUCCAGGAGGAGGAGUCUCCAGUGGUCAUAUACUGCAUCAGCAUGCAGUGGUUUCGUGAGUGGGAGGGCUUUGUCAAAGGAAAGGACAAUGAUCCACCAGGACCAAUUGAUAACUCCAAGAUUGCUGUAAGCAAGAACGGCCAUUUAACACUCAAGCAAGGAGCUGACUCAGGGCAGAUCUCUGAAGAAACAUGGAACUUCCUCCACUCAAUCCAUGGUGGAGGUCCCGUGGUCACCAUUCGGCCCAACAUCAGCCACCAGGAAACAGAUACAUCACAGUCAGAGGAGAAGAUAGAGGUGGAGACACGCUCAGUUUAGCGAAGCAUCCAAGAGAAAACAACAAAAACACUUAAGAAAUGAAAAGCCUUUUAUUUUGCACUUGACUUUUAUUUCAAAAGCAUUCAAGCAAAGGACCUCAUCUUUACCACUACAUGACAGCCUUUAACAACUGACAGAGGGAAUAAAUAUGUCUGAAAAGGUUUGUCAUGUUGUACAUAUCUGUAUAAAGAUCUCUUAAAUUUCUAUUAGCACUAUAGUAUUCAUGUGUCGGGACGUUUCCAGAACCAAGCAUUUAAAUUAAUGUGCAGCUAAAGAUUCCAUUGAAUGCCACGUUUCUUUUUCUCUUGACCAAAUGAGCAAAUAUGUCCAUGUGUCUUGUGUUGCUAAUAGUGAUAAAUCACAAUGCAUUUUGCUGUAGAUAUUGACAUGAUUUUACUGUCGUAUGAGAAUAUUGUUCAAUGAAAAGUAAGCCGCGCAAACCGACACUUUCUUUCAGCAACAGAAAUCAUAAGGUUAUCAAGGGACUAAUUAACUGUGUAGUCUCAGGAAUGAAUUUUGUGUUUUGCACUGUUCUGUAGACUGGCAUAGUGGCAUGCUCACACAGAUGUCUGGUUUGUAUUUGAAUGUACCAGUACUGAUAGUAUGUGGGUCAAGAGUCUCAGCACUUGGUUAUUUAUCCCUGAAGGGUGUGAUUUACUAUGAUGUUAAUAGAUUUUUGUAGAAAAUAUGUGGCAGGCAGAGUCUGUUAAGAAUGCAUGCUUUGAUAACAAUUAACUCACACACAAACUAAAACCCAACUGAACAUCACUUGUAGUUGCAUGUAAAUGCAAAGCUGCUCAUAAAAUGUGCACACAAUCACAAAAAUCUGAAGCUAUCUUCACUAAAUUGUACAUCUGCAGGAUACUUAGAGGUCUGUAAUCAUCAUCAGCAACAGCAGCAAUCAAAUUAAAGGCAUUAAUUUAUGUGAAUGGGCAUGGUGUUGCUUAAUGUGUUGACUGAUAAAGGGUAAACAAAGAAUGCUAUACUGUAAUUCCAUACUGCAUAUGGAUGUCUCCUGACCCUGAUUUUUGCUGGCUGACGCUAUUAAACUUGAUGAAAAUAUGUUUAA